GUCCCAUGGGAUUGGUACUACAUAUUUAAUCUACAAAACUACAUGCCAUGGCAAAAGCCGCUUAAAGAGUGUAAACACACCCCUGGUACGCCUCAAGACUGCAUUAAUCCACUGAAACAUUUCGACUCGCUACACCUCCACACUUCAGACGAGCGCUGAGCACGGUUCAUAACAUCCGGUGAUAUGGCAGAUCCAGCCGUCUCCUCAUCCUCAGGGCUGAACUCCAUUGUGUUGUUGAAAGACUCCAACUCAUCAGUGCAGGAUUGGACCACAGAAAAGGACCACGAGGGCCUCUUGCCAUGCUUUAAACAUCCAUAUGUCUCAGCAGUGCAGGAAUUGGUGUAUUGGCAGGAGCCGAAGAAGUCGUCGCUAGUGUUUGGCGGCUCGAUGCUGGUGCUCACGUCUCUAGCCAGGUUCAGUGUCAUCAGUGUCGUGUCUUACCUGCUCCUGGCCCUGCUCUGCGUCACCAUCACUUUCCGAGUCUAUAAGUCAGUCGUGCACGCGGUACAGAAGUCCGACGAAGGACACCCUUUUAAAUUUCUGAUGGAAAGAGAUAUCCGCAUUCCACCGGACACAGCCCACAGGUACAUGGACAUGUUUCUGGAGAAAUUAAACACUGCCCUCAUUCAGACCAGAAGACUUGUGCUUGUAGAAGAUGUGGUGGAUUCCCUGAAGCUUGCAGCUGUUGUGUGGUUUCUGACAUGUGUGGGGGCCGUCUUCAACGGGAUCACAAUUUUAAUACUAGCUGAUGUCGUUUUGUUCUGCACACCGCUACUGUAUGAGAGGAACAAAACCCAGAUUGAUGCUUAUUUGGUGCGUGUGCAAUCUCGGCUUGAAGAGAAACUGGCAAAGUAUGUAUGAUUGAUUUUUAUUCCUCUUAUAAAGCACCUUAUAAAAUAAAAUCAAAGUCUAAGCACACAUACAGUAUGUCCAAGCACUAGACAAUGCGUAAAAUCUGUAAUUAUCGAGUAAAACUAAGCAUGGGUGAACACAACACCAGAGACAGGCCCUUUCCUAAUGCAGGAACUAAUGGUCGUUUCAGCACGUCUGAAGAACGUCUCCGGUAACUAAUGUAACCUCAGUUCCCUGAGAGAUGGGAACGAGACAUUGUGCGGGAACUCUUCUCCUUCUCCACUAAUUCUUAAACCAGAUAACACCAGUAAAAUAACUGGCCAAUUGUCUCAAAUCAGAUCAGAUGUGCUGAACCAGCUUCCGGAGGAGAUCAGAUGCUCCAGCAAACACAGAACGCUCCCCUAAC